AUGUAUAUAAAUAUAGAAGAUUCUAAUACCGGAAGUAGUCGUCAGACUUCACAAAUGAAAGUACCAGCAGAUAGCCAAGGUGUAAAUCAACAUGCUGAUGAUCAGAAUCAAUCUGUAUGUACCACUGGUGUAAAUCAACAUGCUGAUGAUCAGAAUCAAUCUGUAUGUACCGCUGGUGUAAAUCAACAUGCUGAUGAUCAGAAUCAAUCUGUAUGUACCACUGGUGUAAAUCAACAAGCUGAUGAAUAUCAGAAUCAAUCUGUAUGUACCGCUGGUGUAAAUCAACACGCUGAUGAAGAUCAGAAUCAAUCUGAAUGUACCGCUGGUGUAAAUCAACAUGCUGAUGAAGAUUAG